GCGUCUUUCAACUUCACUCUCUGUCGCUCUUGUCAUCUUUGUUCUCGUGUCAUUUUAAGCAUCCUCGAGUGACCGCAUUAACGACCGAAGCGUCGUCGUCAUAGAAAUGAUAGUCUGAAGGGCUUUGUUAUGGGCAUCACAAACUGACUUCAGUGUUGAGAGUUAUAUUGUGUUGGAAAGAGCUGGGGAGCAUUACUAUCACGAUCAACACCACAGGCCUCGUCAUGUCCCUUUCACCAAAUCCAUCUGUCAGCUCUUUGUCGGCAUCGUCAUGGAGAAAGCUCAAGCAGCUACAUUUCCCUCUCGGCCAUGAGCCCAAUAAGCCUCCAAUUGGGCUCAAAUGGCGGUCCAAUACCGCCUUCAUCAUCACGACGGUCGGUGUGGGCAUGUUUACAGACAUGUUCCUUUACGGCCUGAUUGUGCCGGUGCUGCCAUUCAUGCUGGAAGAGCGUGUACACACACCGCCCGCCCAAAUCCAAAGUGUAGUAUCAGCUAUGCUCGCAGCAUACGCCGCGGCCUCUAUGAUAGCGUCUCCGAUUGCUGGCGUGCUCGCGGACAAAAUGUCUUCAUCUCGGCAGUUACCCUUCCUGUGCGGAUUAGCUGCUCUCGCUCUCGCUACUGUCCUCCUCGCUUUUGGCCAGUCCGUCGCGGUGCUCGUCAUUGCUCGAUGUCUUCAAGGAGCUAGUAGUGGUAUCGUAUGGACCGUUGGGUUGGCUCUCCUGGUGGAGACUGUUGGACCAGAGAACCUAGGCAAGAGCAUUGGAACCAUCUUCAGUGCUGUAUCUGUUGCGACUCUUCUUGCACCUGUCUUAGGAGGGAUUCUAUACGCCAAAACCGGAUAUGCCGGCGUGUUCGGUGUUGGCGUCGCCUUUCUCAUCAUCGAUUUCGUAAUGAGACUACUUAUAAUCGAAAAGAGAACCGCGGAGAAAUACUACUCCUCGCCAUCAUCACCUUCCACAAUCCCAGAAGAUUACGAAGACGACGACUCUUCACCAACUGAGACCUCACCGCUCCUUGAAUCCCCGGCGGAAGAAGAAGAAGAAGAAGAGGAAGAGGAAGAGGAAGAGUUAGACCCAGCCUACAUUCUCCCCACUCCAGCCAACCCCCUCACCCGCACGCUCCCCAUCCUCAUGUGUCUCCGCUCCCCAGCGCUCCUAACCGCAUUCUUCAUCGGCCUCGUCCAAGCCAUUCUCCUCGGCGCCUUCGACGCCACCGUCCCGCUCGUCGCCUCCACCCGCUACGACUUCGACUCACUGAAAGCUGGGCUACUGUUCUUCGCUCUUGCCGCCCCAGAGCUCGUCCUCGGCCCUAUCUUCGGGUGGGCCGUAGAUCACUACGGCACGAAGCCGAUCUCUGUUCUCGGAUUUGGAUAUCUGGUCCCCUUACUAACCCUCCUACGACUGCCAAACGACCUCGAUGGUCAGACCGGGAUCGGAAAGAAUGGACAGAUUGCGCUCUACGCCUCUAUUCUUGCGCUCAACGGCUGCGGAUUAGCGGUCAUCAACAGCCCGUCUAUCGUAGAGGCUGGUGCGAUCAUCGAGAAGUAUUGGAAAGCGAACCCCCGUGCGUUCGGAGAGAGUGGGCCGUAUGCGCAGCUUUAUGGGAUGAACAGUAUGGUAUGGAGCGGCGGACUGACCUUAGGGCCGCUCUUGGCAGGUGCCCUGAGAGAGAGGGUGGGCUAUGGCGAUAUGUGUGCUGUGCUGGCUGCGAUUUGCGCAGUGGCGGCAGGACUAUCUCUGGUGUAUAUUGGAGGGAGUUUGAAGGACGUGUUCAAAAAGAGGAAGGAGUCGGCCAAUGGACAUGGAGAGGCGUAAAGCGAUUAUGAGCAGGGCACUAUCGAGCUUGCGACGGGCAUACCCCUUGUAGCUUUGGUGCUGCAUUAUUAAGGGGACGGAAAAAUCCCAACUCAUUGACUGUAGGGCUAGAUGGGCAUUCGGUACUCAUAGACAUUGAAGCAGAAUCCCCGCUCCAUGACUGUAGGGAUAUAUAGCGCUCGCUACUCAUAGAAAUGAAGCAUGGGUGAUAAUGAAUCACU